AACAGAAGCACACUGUAAGCGUGCACUAUUAAGGGCCCUAGAAAUCUAUUUUACAAAGUGAUAUAAAUAUGGAUCCAUUAUCGAGCAGCUCUAAACUCAUCUAUAAAAUGUCUGAUGAGGACAUCAAAAAACUGAUUCAGUUGCGUUCAAGCAACUCGGCGCUGUUUGACGGGAGGAAAAAUUCUUCUAAAACAGCCUGGAGCGCAAUUAUCAGAGAAAUGGGGCUUGAGGACAAGGUGACAACUGAACAGAUGGCCAAAAAAUGGGAAAACCUGAAGGCAAGAUAUAAGGAUGCAAAAUAUCCUCCCAAUGGUGUGGAGAAGAACCCCACUUGCUGGAGAUGGUUCAAUCUUAUGGAUGAUGCUUUGGGUGAAGAUUUUGAAGAUAAGAUCAGCCACACAGUGACCCCAUUAGUUGGAGGCAGUAAUGAAGCACCUAAGCCAAAUAAGAAGUUAUGUCAGAUCAAAGUUGGAGGGGAAAUAUUGGAAUUCCUGGAAGAGGAAGGAACUGCAUUAAAUGUAACACCGGUCUCCAGAUCACAUAUGGCUACGGAGGGAAGACAAAAAGUCAAACAAAUGUCUGUGGAACUUAUGAGAACAAAACUUCAAAAAGACAGACAACUUCUGGAGAAUGAACUCGGAGGCCUGGAAAGAGAGAAAGCUCUUCUAGAGCGGGAGAGGACCCUUGCGGAUAGGGAAAGAGCAGCGCUUCAGAGAGACAGAGCCCAGCUAGAGAAGGACAAAUCUGCCGUCAGACGAGACAAGGCAUCACUGGAGAUGGACAGAGUCCGACUGGAAAAAGACAAAGAAGCUUUACAGAGGGACAGAGCCACGCUUGAAAGAGACAAAUUAUUGGCAGAUUUCACAAAUCAUGUGAAAAGCAACACAGUAUGCAAUAAACAUGACUGUCCUCGUGAACAGAACAGAGAAAAAUUAAUAUUCCUUCUUGAAAAGGUGAUUGAAAAAAUUUGAAGCAAGUGUGAGAGAGGAAAAGACUCUUUUUUUUUCUUUUUUAAAGAAAAAAAUGCAUAAUGCAUUGAAUGCUGUGCUGUAAACUUAAAGGGAUAGUUAAUGACAAUUCUCACAUAUUUACUCACCCUUAUGCCAUCCCAGAUGUGUAUGACUUACUUUCUUCUGCUGAAUGAAAACAAAGAUAUAUAGAAGAAUAUUUGAGCUCUGUAGGUCCAUACAAUGAAAGUCAACAGGGUUCAAAUCUUUUAUGCUCCAAAAGCACAUAAAGGUAGCUUAAAAGUAAUCCGUACAACUCCUGUGGUUUAAUUCAUGUCUUCAGAAGCAUUAUGAUAGGUGUUGGCGUGAAACAGAUUCAUAAUUAAGUCUUUUUUUUACUGUAAGUC